UCCCCCAGACCAGUCUGUCCUGUGUUGUGUGCAGGGGGUAGAAACAAGGCAGACCUCUUCUCUCGGUCUCUCGUCGUCAGACCCUUGAAGCUGUAGACCUGCUGGUGAAGUUCUUCUCCUCUCCCAGGAUCGCAGAGAGACGACCCCACAGAUCAAGGACAUCCAAGGUGAAGCACAGGAUCCACCCUCACCCUUACCACAUCCUCCCCUCUGGUGACGGCCAGAGCAACAGAGAGACCACCUCAGAUCCACAGGGAUCAGCGGAGAUCCACAGAGAUCAGCGGAGAGCCACAGAGAUCCCGGACCCUAUCCUCUCUUCCCCCAGGACCCCAGAGAGACCCUCAGACCCAGUAUGGCCCUCAUGAGAGGCUGGUUGCUCGCGGUGGUACUGGUGGCGCUGCUCUGCCCGCUACAGGGGAAGAGCACAAAGGCCGCCUCACAGGAAGUACCGGAGGCCCACGGACAGGAAGUACGGGCGGCGGAGGUGGAGGAGGAGAUCGCCGCCGAGACAGGAGCAGGAGCCGUCGAGCAGGAGGAAGAGGAAGGAGGAGCGGACGAGGACGACGGUGAUGAGGGAGCAGAGGCCGAAGAGGAGGAUGAGGAGGAAGAGGAUGGAGAAGCCGUGAUGGAUUCUACCGAGGAUGCUGAGGAGGAAUCUGCUGAUUCUGGCGAGGAGGAGGCCGAGGAAGAAGACGAGCAGGAAGAGGAGGAGGAGGAGGAAGAGGAGGCUGACUCUACUGAAGGAGACGCAGAAGCUGAGGAAGAAGCUGAUUCUUCUGAUGAAGAGGAGGAUGGUGAUGAUGAGGUAGAUGAAGAAGAGGAUGACGAAGAGGAGUCUGAUUCUAAUGAGGAGGAGGAGGAGGAGGAGGAGGAAGAUGAAGAUGUAGAGGAGGCGGAGGAGGAGAAGGAGGAAGAAGAAGAGGAGGAGGAGGCGGAGGAGGAGAAGGAGGAGGAGGAAGAAGAUGAAGAGGAGGAAGAGGAAGAUGAAGAAGAGGUGGUAGAGGAGGAGAAGGAGGAGGAAGAUGAGGAGGAGGAGGAAGAAGAUGAAGAAGAAGAGGUAGAGGAGGAGAACGAGGAGGAAGAUGAAGAGGGGGAAGAGGAAGAUGAAGGGGAGAAGGUGGAGGAGGAGGAGGAUGAGGAGGAAGAUGAAGAGGAGAACGAGGAGGAAGAUGAAGAGGAGAAGGACGAGGAGGAAGAGGAAGAUGAGGAAGAUUCUACUCAUGGAGAGGAGGAGGCUGAAGAGGAGGCCGAAUCUUUGGAAGAAGACGAGGGAGAGGAUGAUUCUGAAUCAGCUGAUGAAGACGAAGCAGUGGAAGAGCCGGAGGAAGCGGUUGAGGAAGCGUCUGAAGCUGAAGACGAGGAGCUGGCCGGUGAAGAGUCAGACGACGAAGACUCUAGCGCUGAGGAAGAGGAAGAGGAAGAGGAGGCUGUGGCGGACGCAGCUCACUUCCUGCCAGGAUCCGUCUGCAACGUCUGCUCCGUGUGCCAGCACUGUGACGGCUGUGAGAGCUGUCCUUGUGAAGAAGGAGACGCUUCAGAACACUGCCAACACUGCGCUGGAUGUGUGUACUGUCCAGUCUGUCCACUGGUCUGUGAAACCAUCUGCACACCAGGUGGACUCAUCGAUGAGAUCUCUGGUUCCUUCUACCAGACCAUCUCGUCGUUGUUCUGAAGAGCCCGUCCUGGCUGUCUUUGGCGCCCCCGCGUGGACGGAUCAGGAACGCAGAGCUGAGACGCUCCUCUCAGAUCAACAGGUG